AUCUGCCAGGGAAUUGGUGUUUUGAAGAAUUUUACUGCUUUUAAUCCUGUUCCCUUGGGAAUACAAACCUCUCUAAUCAUGUCACCGGCCAUGUGGAAGUGGACUUGCCUGGUUUCUCACCUCCUGCUGUCCACCACAGUGUCACCUCUUGCCAGACAGCAGCCACCCCAUCCAAAGAGGCCCUUCAUCACUUUUACAGGAGAACAAGCAGAGGGAAACUUCAACCACUUGGUGGUGGACGAAAGAACUGGGCACAUUUACUUGGGGGCCGUCAACAGGAUCUACAAACUCUCCAGUGACCUCAAGGUCCUGGUGACCCACGAGACUGGUCCUGAUGACGACAAUCCCAAGUGUUAUCCGCCCAGGAUAGUCCAAACCUGCAACGAACCCUUGACACCCACCAACAACAUAAACAAAAUGCUCCUCAUAGACUACAAGGAGAAUCGGUUGAUAGCCUGUGGGAGUCUGUACCAGGGCAUCUGCAAGCUGCUGAGGCUGGAUGACCUCUUCAAGCUCGGGGAGCCCUUCCACAAGAAGGAGCAUUACCUCUCUGGGGUGAAUGAGAGUGGCUCUGUUUUUGGAGUCAUUGUUUCUUACAGCAACAUGGAUGACAAGCUGUUCAUCGCCACCGCCGUGGACGGGAAACCGGAGUAUUUCCCCACUAUUUCCAGCAGGAAGCUCACCAAGAACUCCGAGGCGGAUGGGAUGUUUGCAUAUGUCUUUCAUGAUGAGUUUGUGGCCUCUAUGAUCAAGAUCCCCUCAGACACCUUUACCAUCAUCCCUGACUUCGAUAUCUACUACAUUUAUGGCUUCAGCAGUGGGAACUUUGUCUACUUCCUGACUCUGCAGCCUGAGAUGAUCUCUCCACCUGGCUCCACCACGAAGGAGCAGGUUUAUACCUCCAAGCUGGUCCGGCUUUGUAAGGAGGACACAGCCUUUAACUCCUAUGUGGAGGUGCCCAUUGGCUGUGAGAAGAACGGGGUGGAAUACAGAUUGCUCCAGGCAGCCUACUUGUCUAAGGCUGGAGCCAUCUUAGCCAGGUCUUUGGAGGUUGGCCCUGAGGAUGAUAUCCUCUUCACAGUCUUCUCCAAGGGGCAGAAAAGGAAGAUGAAGUCCUUGGAUGAGUCUGCUCUUUGCAUCUUUGUCCUGAAAAAGAUCAACGACCGCAUCAAGGACAGACUGCAGUCCUGCUACAGGGGAGAGGGGACGUUAGAUUUGGCCUGGCUCAAAGUCAAGGACAUUCCCUGUAGCAGUGCGCUGUUAACAAUCGAUGACAAUUUCUGUGGCCUGGACAUGAAUGCCCCCUUGGGAGUAUCAUCCAUGGUGAGAGGGCUCCCCAUUUAUACUGAGGAUGGAGACAGGAUGACAUCUGUGAUUGCCUACGUCUACAAGAACCACUCCCUGGCUUUUGUGGGCACCAAGAGCGGGAAGCUCAAAAAGCUGCAAUAUCUUACUGGGGGUGGAAUGAUACCUGAAUUCAAAGGCAAACAGAUAACUGGAGAUGGAAUAUUACCCAGCCUCAUGUGGCUGAAUGAAUCCGGGAAUUCAUCUGUGUGGCUGCAGGACACAUAA